CUUCCUCGUCCCCCCUCCAUCCCCUCUUCUCUCCCUCUAUGAAUUACCCAGUUGUGUUGCGAGAUGUGGAGAGGAUUCUCCAUCAUUACGCAGCGCUACAACUCCGCUCAUUGCACGCCUGCUCGGCGGUCCAGUUGCCGCAGCUCCCACGGGCUGCACUGUGGAGACACGGACCUGCAUCCUAAAGCCAAUCGGUGUUUUCUCUCUCUUUUUCUCCCUCUCUCUCUCUCUCGCUUUUUAUCCUCCACCUCAUUGCAGUCUUAUCACGUCCCCCCCUCCCUCUCUCUCCUCUUUGCUCUGGUCCCCCUCCCUCCCCAUCCGCCUCAGCCGCUACAGGAGAGGGAGAGAGAGAGAGAGAGAAGAGAGUGCGGCUGAAUGUGAACGACAUGUCGACAGUCAGCCUCUAAAGUGUUUUCUCGGUCGUUCCCUAAUUCUUUGGCGGCGGACUGAGUGAGUAUUACCCGCAUCCCUGCUCUGCUAAGCGUCGCUGUGUGGAUCAGAGGAGGCUGGUGGGGAAGACACAGACAAUGAGGAAUGCAAUUGGAUUGCGUUACUCUGCCAAGGAUUUUCAUACCAUAGCCUGUGCGGUGAAGGGCCGAUGCCGGGCUGUAGCCCCAGGCUGCUGAGCUGAGAGGGAGAAGCAGCAGGAUGCAGUGGGUCACUCUAGCGGUGGCCCUCGGGUGUGUGUGUCUGUCCCGGGCAUCGCACACCCCGACCCCCACCCCCACCUCCACACACACCCCUCUGGUGGACAACUCUGAGGAGGAAGUGGACGAGCCGUGCUUCGAGCCGUGCACGUGCGAGGUCAAAGAAGGCGUGCUGCACGUGCACUGCGAUGGGCGGGGCUUCACCAACGUCAGCCAGGUGUCACAGUCAUGGGUCCGCCCUUUCAAACUCAACCUCCAGAGGAACUCUCUGAGGCGUCUCUAUAGCAACGGGUUUCAGCACCUUGGCAACGCAGUGUCGAUAAACCUUGGCAACAAUGCGCUCCAGGACAUCCGAGUGGGAGCCUUCCACGGGCUGGCCAAGUUGAGACGUCUGUACCUCCACGAGAACAAGCUGGAGGUCUUCAGAAAUGACACCUUCGCCGGCUUAGAGGCUUUGGAAUACCUCCAGGCCGACUACAAUGUGAUCAAACGAAUCGACAGCGGCGCUCUGAGGUUCCUCUACAAGCUUCGAGUUCUCAUCCUAAAUGACAACCUGAUCCCAGUCUUGCCUGCUCAUCUGUUCAGAUCUGUGUCUCUGACUCAUCUGGACCUGCGGGGAAACCGUCUGAAGAGCCUGGCAUAUGCUGGGACCCUGGAGUACGUCGGCCGCUCCCUGAUGGAGCUGCAGCUGGAGGAGAAUCCCUGGAUCUGUGGCUGCGAGGCAGUGCAACUACAGCAGUGGCUGGGUCAGAUCCCCUACACGGCUGUAGUUGGGGAGGUUACCUGCGAAUAUCCCUUCCACCUUCAUGGCAAGGACCUGAGGGAAAUCCCCCGCAAAGAGCUGUGUGCUGACCUCCCGGAUAAAGAGCUACAAGGAGAGGGAGGUGGUCCAGCAGCAGGAUCACAGCCUCAGCAUUGGCCCCCUAACUCCAAACCCAACCCGCAUCCUGGGCGAGCCAGGCCAACUAAACCGUCCUCUAUGGUGAAUGGCUCCCGCCAGAACACUCAUACUUCCUCCACUUCGUCGUCCUCUUCCUCGGCGGAGCGUAACGACAGGGAGAGGCAGCCGAGGCCGACUAAAAGGCCCCGGCAAUCCAGGACAUCUCCCACACCUCGCAGUCUGAUGCCCAACCAGAAUCCCCCCGUGGCCGGUUACCAAACACGGCCCCCCAUCCCUAUUAUCUGUCCGCUGGGCUGCACUUGCAACCUACACAUCACAGAUCUGGGCCUCACUGUCAACUGCAAAGAGAACGGCUUCCUCAAUGUGUCCCAGCUCACUCCUCGGCCUCUCAACGGCCGCAAGCUCUACCUGAGUGGAAAUUUAAUCCAGAGGAUCUACCGCACAGACUUCUGGAAUUUCUCCAGUCUUGACCUGCUUCACCUGGGGAGCAACCGCAUUUCCUACCUCCAGGAGGGGGCUUUUUCAAGCCUAACAAGCCUGAGGAGUCUCUACCUGAAUGGAAACAACCUGGAGAGACUGAGCCCCCACAUGUUUCUGGGGCUGCAGAAUCUAAGAUACCUUUAUUUUGAGUACAACGAGAUCCGCGAAGUCGAUCCUGGCACUUUCGACUCCAUGCCGUCCCUCCAGCUGUUGUUCCUCAACGCCAACCUACUGCGGAGCCUCCCUCUCGGCGUGUUCUCCAGAGUUAAUCUGGCUCGCCUCAAUCUGAGAAACAAUCACCUCCUGCAGCUUCCCAUGGAGGGCGUGCUGGAACACCUCACCGGCCUCGUGCAGGUGGACCUGCAGCAGAACCCGUGGGAGUGCAACUGUGAAGCAGCUCCACUGAAGCGUUGGCUGGAGGGGCUCAGCGCAGUGGUUGUGGUGGGAGAGGUGGUGUGCCAUUCCCCGGAUAAGACCAAAGGUGUAGACCUGCGCUCGCUCUCCAUGGAGCUGCUCUGCCCCGAGCUGGAGCCCCAGGAGGACCAGGAGCGCGAAGAGCAGACAGCCACCUCCACAGCGGCAGACAGCGGCGUAUCGGUUGGCUACCCCGGGUCAGGGCUGGGACCCCCGAUCCCUCCGGGGAAGGAUUCAAUCCCUCUGUCGGUGUUAGUGCUUAGCCUGCUGGUGUUGUUUGUCUCCGCAUUCUUCGCGGCAGCGGCACUAAUCGCCUACGCCCUGAGGAGGAGGGACAAGCUGCCAUUCCGUCGCCAGGGAGAGGUAGACUUGGCUGGCAUCCAGAUGGAGUGUGGAAUUUUCACCGAGCAGUCGCACCACCACCACCAUCACCACGGCCUCCCGGAGAUGCCGCCUCUACCUCCAGCCGAACACAACCACGUCUACGACACCAUCUUGCCCCCGGAGGCCAAAGGUGCCAAUCCAGCCGCAGCCUCACACAUGUGUAGCAACCCCAUCUACAAAGAAGAGCAGGACGCGGCGGUGAAGCAGCGGCCGCCGCAGCAGCAACAGACAUUCGCAGCUUCGAGCGAGUGCGAGGGGGGAUACUGCUCCUCAGCGGAGAAGGAGAGGGAGUGGGCGCUGGAGGUGUCCUCGUCACCCAUCAACACCGUGACGGGGGCGAUGGGGCCGCUCGCUGGCCUCCACGGGAACGGGAUCCUGUGCCCCACAGUCAUCGACAGCCAGGGCCCCACCCCUAAGGUGGAACUGGUGGACUGCCUCUUCAGACUCCCCACCCCCGAGUUCAGAGAUCUGCCAGACAGGUAUGCGAGGCCCCCGCCUCGCUAUCCCCACCCUCAAGACUCCAAACAGGAAGCGAGGCCCGACCAAACGCUCGUGGUCACCACCGCCAGCUCCACGGCGGGCGGUGGCCACGGCAGCCAGACCGAGCAGGGGGCAGGAGAGCAGAGAGCCAGACUGAGGACCACACCGGACUACAUGGAGGUGCUGGACCGCUCGUACCAGUUUUAAUGCGCCUCCUCUUCCUCACCCUCCUCCUCCUAUUUCUCCUCUUCCUGCUACCCCUCUUCUCUUGUCUCCUCAUCAUCUCCCUCUCUGGUGAUGAAUCACCCAGUAACAAUGACUCCUGUAUAGAGGUUGGCGGGGCUUUGAGAGGAGCCUGUGGGGGAGCGGGACUACACCACACACACUAUGUUUAUUCCUGGAUAACGAGCUGAGGUCAGAUUUUUGUAUUUUCCCCACUACUGGCAUAUAGGUUGGUAUUUGGCAAAGGAUUAGCUGAUCCCAGAUCUGUGCCUGGAGGCAGCUGCAGCUACUACAGUAUUUUUUUCCCUCCAUGGUCAUAAAGUUACGAGGGCGCGGUUUUUCUACUCAGCACCACAACGGGAGACGGCAUGGUGGUGGUGGUGGGGAGUGGGCGUUAUUGCUCAUAUUAUCACUCUCGAAAGGCCUGCGUGGAGGUGAAACACACCAGCUCUUUGCAACAUCAAACGCAGAGUCAUACCCUAGGACAGUCAGAAGGUGAAGGUGUGGAGCGAGUUUAAGAUGGAGGAAUGACAGAGACGAAGCAAAAGAGGAAGAGAAGUAACCGAAAACAGCCAAGUGCCUUAGCAAUGAACAGCCAGCAGUGUGGUCAAUGCUUAUUUUUCUAUGAAUACAGAUCUAUUUAUCUAAACAAAGAGGUUUGACUACCAAUGGAUGGGACGCUGAUGGACGACUGAGACUAAAACCAAUCAAAAACCCGCCGAAUAAUUGCAUUCCCUGGAUGAGCCAAAAAUAAUAAUAUACCCAAGUCAAUAUUGGAGUUGUUUGUAUGCAGUUCUGUUUCACUUUCAUCAUCUCAUCCAGUUAACUUACUUUGCUUAUCCAGUUGAAUUUUUUUACAGGGCUACGAUGUGAUAUGAUGAGGGACAUAUCCAGGAAUAGUUGAUUGCUGUGAGAAAUUCUAAAAAGGUUUUAUGGAGGAAAGGAUACAAUUAUUUUUAUUUUCUGAAUGCAACAGGAAACAAAGGAUUCGCAGAAGGACAUUGCAGGAAAUGGAUGCAUUUUGGAUUUCUUAAUCAGCCAGACUUAAUGGGCCCACAAGGACCUCUGCUCCACGUUUUUCUUUCAUCGGACAAAGGCACAGAGGUUAUUGUAUUGAUUUUUAAAUAUUUCUCAGAGGAAAAUUGAAUGGCAAAAAAAAAGAACAAUGGACAAAAAAACCGGGACGUAAAGGCAUUUUUUUUGACGAUAAAAAAAAGACAGACACUUCUAUCAACUAUCGAUUAUUAUCUUUUACGGAGGUACCUUUUUAUGCUUUCAUCUCCUACCAAUAGUAGAGGCAGUUGUGAAUAUAUUUAUUCUUAGUUUUUGCGUGUUGAAGCUCUCCUGUAAGGGAUCAUGUUAUAUUAAUGUAUAGGAUGAUUCUGCAUCUGGUUCAGCCUUCUUACCGCCGACCCACAAAAUACAAUAAAGGGUGCUACAUAAAAAAAAAAAACCCUUUUGCUUGCAGCUACUGUGUGACAGAUCCACACACACAACCGUAUGCCCUGACCCCCAUAAAUGCACACUCACUCUCUUGCCGUAAUAGUACAUUAAAGAAACGGCUCGAGGUACGCUAAGCCUGUAAGCUUGUCCAUGCAGCGUGUUGGAGAGAUCAGAUGAGAGUUGAGCAAAGCCUGAGCGCCUGCAGGGUUCUUCACACACUAAAGGGUGGAGAUAGAAGCUAACAGUGUGAAAUGUACCACAUUAAUGGUAUAAAAUCAAUACAAUCUAUUUGCGAAAUAAGGACAUGUAAGGCUGGUGGCCCCGAGGCCAAGGGUACGGAUUGCUCCAUCUUUCUCCCGCUUGUGUUUCUUUUUGUAAUGAUUUUCCCCUUUUCUCUUCAACUUUCAUCUCUCAUUCUGAUUCGUUCCCCUCUUCCCUUUCUCCUCAGCCUUUUUUUUAUUCCUCCGCUCUCACCUUUAUUCUUUUGUUCUUUCUUCUCUCCUCUAUUUCCCCUUCUCUCUCUCUCUCUCUCUCUCCCUGGCUCUCUCUCAUUGCUCUGGCUGUCAGCUCAGCCUCACAGGACGGACACGGAGAGAUGCUGUUCUAUAUGCUGCUCAACACACAGGUAGCUCACACUGAAGUGUGUGUGUGCUUGGUGUGUGUGUAUACGUGUGUGUGUUUUGACUGCUGUGCUCCUUCCAUCCUUCGGUGAUGAGUGCAGUUCUUCAGACGCCUCCUCACUCUCAGUGUUCAGAACACUGUUGCACAGAUAAUCCCCCUGUGGGUGCGUUUGUGUGUGUGCACACUCGGGACUCUCUCUCUGCGUAUGUGUGUGUGUGUGUAUUCAAAGGGGUGUGCCUUUGUUUGUAGGUGUGUGUGUGUGUGUGUGUUUAAGAAAGUGUGUUGAGCGCGCGUUUUGUUUGUGUGUGCGUGACGAAAACGAGCGAGUGCAGCGACACAGCCUCAGUCCAGCCUUAAUCCUCUAAGCUGUGUAGUUCACUCAUGCCACAUCAGCCCCAUUGUGUCUACAGACAAAGAAGCCCAGUUAAAACUAAAUGCCAGUUAAGGCAACAAACGACUAAUUAUAGCAUCAUUCUCUCGGUCCUAUUCACUCUCUUUUUCCUCACUUUUAACACUUCCUUCUCACUUCCUCACCCGUGAACGUGGUGAUUUUUGCAACACUCUCUGGCUCUGGACCGAUUCCAAGUGUGUGUAUUUGUAUGUAUUUUGCCCUUGUGUUUCCCCACAGUGUGUGUGUCUGUGUAUGUGUGUUUGACUAUCUGACAGCUUUGCCAUGGUUCAUGUGUUUGGGUCCUGUCAGAGCUGUCCUGUCACUGUGUGAAAAAAAUCAUUCAUUUCCCAGAGUCGAGGAUGAAAGAGUCUUUAGACUUCAAACGCCUGUGGGCCUCUGUGGCUUAGAUUGCCUCUCGCUCUUCCUCCACCACCGUGUCAUUUAUUCCUUUAAAAAAAAAAAAAAAGAAAAAGAAGAAGAAAAAAACAGUGCGGCUGUGGCAUCGGUUAAGUAGAGAUGGCAGAGACAUGGCGAGGAGCUGGACAAUUAGCCUGAUUAAAACACUGUCAUUUUGCAUAAUAGAUUUAGCCUGAGCUGCGAUAGGCAGAUCUUUUCUGAGUGAGCGCCUGUGUGUGUGUGUGUGUGUGUGUGUGUGUGUGUGUGUGUGUGUGUGUGUGUGUGUGUGUGUGUGUGUGUGUGUGUAGGCAUGAAACCAUAUUCUUCUCUGCAUAAACAUGCAGGGUAUUAAAAAUGCACAGUUGGGCAUGGUUUGAUGUCAGUGAAAAGAGAUCUAUUUAAAAGUCAUGGUGCAUAGCUGCAGAAGCUUUGGUGUUUGGCCAUGACAAAUAGUUGUGGUUGAGCUGGUCAUCGCUCCCAAACACACACGCGCACACUCAUAAACAUUUACAUCGUUGUGUCCGACGUGUGCACACUUGGCACGUACAAAUGCACGAGUAAACAAAGUAAAUUUAAAUAUGUACACAAACUGUACAUACGAGCGCACAUGCAAACACGCGGCGUCUGCUGCGGCGCUGUGAUGUUGUUUGGUUGCUCUGCAUUGCAGCAAUCGGCUCCACUCUUCUCCUCUGCUCUCACCCACAGACAAUCACUGGCUCUCAAUGGACAACAUCAGCAAGGGAAAUUCCUACAAAGGGAGCGAGAGACAUAGAGAGAGUAUGUGUGAGGGAGAGAGGGAGCGAGAGAGGUGAGGAGUGAGGAGGACGCUGGAAGGGAGAGGAUGAUGAGAAGGAAGGGAGGGAAAGAGGGGGACUAAAGAGGACAGAGGGAGAUCUGAGGGAGGAUGGGAGGAGAUGAAAAGGAGGGGAGAAAGAUCAGCGAGCGGGUGUUUCCAGGCUUAAGGCUGCUGGAGGACUUGUUCGUUUGUGUGCGAGAGGAGAGUUACAGUUGGUAGCAAGACAGAGAGAAGAAGAAAUAAAGUACAGAUUCGGAUAUUGCCAUUGUGAGCGCACACACACAUCUCCGGCCGCCUUUGCUUUGUGUCUGCUCUCUGGCACGCGACGCCACCCACAUGAUCUCUGUAAAAGACUUGGAGCUCAAUUACGUGUCUGCCAAACAGUUACAGUCGAAAAAGAUGAAGAUUUCUGCGCCUUCCAGUGUAGCAUGACAAUACUUAUUUACAGUGCUGUGAAGCAAAAUGGCGGAUUACUCGGCGUGCUGGCUAGGUGUUAUUAUAGUAAGCUGAUAUGUGUCUGUUACCGUGUCAUUCUGCUGUUGCAGUAAGCUGGUGUGGAGACACUAAGAUGGCAGGGACCGGCCCGGUUGACGUUGAAAGCAUCACAUGAGCUUUGCAGGCCUUGUGCUGAAAUGUGUGUGUGUGGUUUUAUAUCCUCGUUCAUGGAUGUGUGACGUUUUUUUUUUUUGUGCGAGUGUAAGAUCAGAGACAGGCAGAAUAAGGAGAAUAUGGCUGAUUUUCCACAUAAGAAUAGAAAAGUAGAUCUGUUUGAACAGAUCUUGCACCACACAUCCAAGAGGUUUUGUGUUUCCUGCUGCAAGAAGACACUGCUCACCUCAGGUUUCUUGCAACUUUCCAGAAAAUGCUGCCACCAAUAGAAAAGAUUUUGCGGGGAAGUGACAUGCUGAUCACGCACUCCUGGAAGUGAUAAAACAAAGAAAUAAAUAAAUAGGUAAACUGGGGUGAUUUUAUGCUUAAAAUUGUAUUUUUCAAAUAUUAUUUUCCCUCGGAUAUGGGCAUUAUUGAUUUCUUUAAAUCCAUUUUACCGUUUUUUAAAUAUUGACUUCAUAGCAAUUAUUCGCCGGAUUGAGACUUGAGAAAAAAGUACAAAGGAUGAGGAUCAGUGUCUCUCUGCAACAGCUAUAAGACAGCGUCGAUGCCGCCAUAAAUUCUGAUUUGUGCACGCAUCUCUCUGCUGUUUCUUCCUCUGUCAGGAGCGAGCCAGGAGCAGAGGAUUAGAGCCUACCUCAGCACUGGAAUGCCUGGUGGCUUCUAUUGCACAGCUCCCUUCACCUCCUAAAUAACACAGCUGGUGGUUUUAGUAUUGAGAGGCAGUGGGCCACACAACUGUCGACUUUGCACUUCAUUUAUGAUAAACUUAAGUCGGUCUUAAUCUCCGCCCGUCGCCGUGUGUUGAACCAGUGUUUGGAACAACAUGUUUAUCUGGAGGGGAAGGCGAGUGGAGUGGGAGCCAGGGGAAGGCACCCGUUCACUGAGAUAACCCAGAAUAUCUUCUCUCCCUCCAAGUGCUGCGCUGAAACUGGGAGUGCGAUUGUGUUUAUGUGUCUGAGUGCAGGGCCGUAACAGUGAUUUAUGGGUCCUUGUGCACAGAGGGGAAAUCUGGACCCUCGAUGUAGUUUUUCACGCUGCAGUUGUGGCAUCGAACAUCUAAAUCCACCCAGCCACAACCAAAAGUUCAGAAGAAUAAUCCUCGAUGAACGAGCCACUCAGAAUAAACAAGGGGUUAAUGAUUCCAUAAUACUGCACUGAAUAUAAAUUUAAAAAUAUAAACCUCACCUUGAUUCAUUUAGGCCUGAACCCAACUUUCCUGUGCCCAAAGGGAGUAUUUUAAAGAUUUCUUUGAGGGGCAUUUUGCCUCUUCUUUAAUAGGAUUACAGCAGAGAAGCUGACAGGAAAUAUAGUUAGAGAAAGCAUGUGGACUAGUAGGAUGUUUUGAUGCCCGAAACUGAAUAGUUUAAUGUCAAACGCUGCCUUCCUCUCACUCAUCUAUAUGCAAACACCAACAUGCGCGCUGGAUAGACUGACGACAGACUCAAACGCGCCCAGUGCAACAGAACAUUUGUUUAGGCUGCUGCUGUUUUAUCAACCUAUCCAUCAUAAUGUAGUAACAAGCGAAUCGACUGCAAAUAUUGACACGAGCGAGAGUUAUGAAGCCCUCGCCGUGCAGUAGUUAGCAAACCAUCGCACAGAAAAACAAAUCUUUAAAGCCACGACGGUCAAUAUUUUUAUAUUAACAAUGGAUCAAGUGUAAUGUGAAAGGAGUAGCUGGUGGUGAAGAACCAGCAGAAUUAUCACCCGGCUCUGCGGGUGAUAAUAUGUUAUGCUUACGGCUUGUUACGCUGCCCCCAACUGGCCGAAAAAAAUCAAUACUGCUUCAAGCCCCGUUGAUAGAACUUGCCUUUAGACAAUCAGAACAACAAACAGGCAAACAACGUUAAUAUAUCAAGACCAGCUCACUAGUUAGCCUUCGGUAAAUAUAACAAAAUAUUAAAAAUGCAAGGCUAAGAGGAUUAUUAAAGUCUUGACUGAACAUCAAUUCAGGAAAAAGCAGAAUAUCCAGAGCAAAUCCUCCCUUAUCUGUUUAAAAUGUGUGAGAUGACAGCAACACAGCCAUCAAAAUGCAUUAUACAUACUGUGUCAAUGCAAUUUUAAUAUCACUCAAAGCAAUUAUUAAUCGUAACAUUUAAUGUUUAACACAAAUGUUUAUGUGUUGCACCUACUCUCAGCCUGAACUUGCAGUUAAUUCAUUUUCAUAUUACCUUUUAAAGCUGUUGUUGCGUAGUUAUUGUGCUGGAUAGCAUGAAAUUGUACAGGUGUUCUUCUUAUUGCUUCCAUUCUUUUUUCCACUUUGAACAGUUCGUCUUCAAAAUCUAACCGGAGGAGACAAUUUUAAGGCUGUUUACAAGAAAAAGUGUUGCCUGAUUUUAUUUCUGGCGGUUCCACUUUGUCUCACAUAACAUAACACUUGUGUCGUAUUUGUUUGCCGUUUUGAUGAUUUCCGGCAAUCUGUGUUUCAAAAACCAGAGCAGUGUGAAAUAGAAGUGUAAAAUCUUCAUAAAUAUACACUUGGGAAUGACAAAAGGCAUUUUAGUUCAGACAGUUUAGGGAGCCAUGGCUCAUCCCGGGGAGCUGCUGUUUAUAUGAAUACGGGCGUAGCAAAUGUAUGUAUGUGUGUCUGUGUGUCUGUGUGUGUGUUUUACUGAAUGAGAGCCGGUUGGUAUGUGCAUGUGCCAGUUCUCCUGCCGUGGAAUGAAUCAGAUCUGCUCUCAAGACUGCGUACCUCUCUCCAACGAGGGACUCGUAAAAGAAAGCCCUACAUGAAAUCCAUUAUGCUUAAUUCCCCAAAUCCAUAAUACCCUCAGAGGUCUUAAUCUCCAUCCCAUUCUUAUAUAAAUUAGCUUCUUCUUCUCUGGCAGACAGAGCUUUCUGUGUCGACACCAAAUGCCCAGACCUCUCUGUACUCGGUUGGGAGAAAUCUCUGCGACUACAAGGCAAAGCCGUGAUCUUCUCUUUGGCCGCUGCGAAAGAAUAGACCUUUUGGGAGAAUAUGCACAACACUUAGUGGAGAAGAUGGACUCUCGCCGGAUAUAAUGUUCGCUUUGCUCAGCACAAAAAAAACUGGAAACAGAAGGAAACGGCAAGCUUGCUCCCUAAGGAUGUAAACAGGAUUCAGUGAGCUAUAAAUUGAGCUUCCUUUUUUUUUUUAGUUCAUUUGCAAUGAACAUCCGAUAUAAUACUAAGCGUCUUAAUGUCUUAAUGAAUCCAAGAAAUGCGCAUCAGACUUGAGAUACAAGGUGAAAUAGUGCUGUUUCUGAUGCAAACUACAGUAAUUGGGUGCUGCACAAAGGUUUUAAAGAACCUUAAUUGCCUCGAUAAUCUGCAUGUCACAACCACUGCUGUUGCUCUGAGUGCUCGCUGUGCAGAUAAGCAGGCCAAAUCAACAGGCCCAACCACAGUAAGUUCCAGUUGUUAUUAGAACACCGGCAUGCACCUGUCCCUUUCACCCCAUGCAGUAUCUCCACCUGGCAUCUCCCCCACCACUUUCCACAGCUCUAUUACUACACUGCCCGCACCCCUCUCCUGAAGGUUCUUCUCACAGUUGGGAAAACCUCCAGAUUACUCAGAUGAUUAAGCAACUGAAACGUUACCGGUUAAUUCUUCAGCAUUAGAGAUGCUGGUAGGCAGAUUUUGUUGCUGCUGGACACAGCAAGGCUAGUCGUUUCCUGCGGCUUCCAGCCUUUGUUGCUAAUCUAGGUUAACAGGCUGUUGCUUUAUAUUUAUUGCACAGAGAAAGAGGAGCGGUAUCAUUGUUCUCGGAAUGAGGAUAUUUCCCAAACUUUUAAGUGCAAAAGGGAAAAGACUUCUGCAAGACUUCCGUUGUCCACCAGUUAAAAAAGAAUGAACUUGUUAUUUUGAGGGCACACACAGGGAAAGAAAGCGACGCUUUCUGUCAUCCUCAGAUGUUUUUUUGGCCUCGAGUUUCUCUCUUUGUUUGGGGCAUCUGUCAGAGGCUGUUUUCUCGAAAGUGGUUGUGGGACGAGGAUGAGUGAAGCGCUCCAGCUUGUGUGUGUGUGUGUGUGUGUGUGUGUGUGUGUGUGUGUGUGUGUGUGUGUGUGUGUGUGUGUGUGUGUGUGUGUGUGUGUGUGUGUGUGUGUGUGUGUGUGUGUGUGUGUGUGUGUGAUGCUGGAUAACCGGGGGCGAUGCACCGCAGUUUCGAACCAGGAAAUAAAAACAACAUUCCAAAGAGAAUAAUGCAGCAGGAGGAGGAACCUAGUUCUACCGAGGUCCCCUGGCAUCGCUCGCUAGCUAGUUGUGUCUAUGUGCCGCUGCCAGCUUUUGUGCUUCUCCAUGUGCUGGUUAUGUACACAUGCCUGUCCUCCAGCACUAGAAUGAAUCACACACACAUACACACAGUCACAUAAUUAGUGCUGGGUCCCCACAGCGGCAUAUUCCAAAGAAUCUUCUCCACAUUUCCAAAGAACACAAUGUUUUUGCUUCUCCCUUGCAUGACAUUAAUCAGGGCUUUUACUGUUAUUCCAGCACACUUUUUUCUUUUAACCCCCUUUCGUCCCUCUUUACUCCACUCACUGUAUUUCCCCUCCCUCUCCUCUUAAUCGCUCCUGCUUUCAAACACCUCCCUCUGUAAUUAUUUCCUUCCUCCCCACGUCUCCCACCCCCUCUUUUUAUUAUUUCUGCCUCCCUCGCCGUCCUUCCCCCUUCGUUACUUCUUAUUUAAUCUCACUUCAUUUUUACCCCACCUCCUUCCUCCUCACUCCACCCCUCCACGUCUUUCUCCCUUUCUCUCUCCUCUCCUCUCCUCUGUCUGUCUCUGUUAAAUGGGAGCAGUGACCCCAUUACGGAGCGUCGGUGCCGAGGAAGAGGAGGCGAGGAGGGAAAGGAGGAGCAGGAGGAGGAGAGGAUGGGAGGAUGGAUUGCGUUUCUGCGUGUUUGAAUGGGAUGAUUAAUGAGCGUCGCCUCCGGAGGGUGUUAUCCCUGCUCCGGACCAGCAGGGACACCACUGGGUCACCUCUGGUCACACACACACACACACACACUGCUGUUGAUACACACUGUGCACACAAAAGCUCUGCAAACACACACUGCAAUGCACACGCGCGCACACACACACACACACACCUCACACACCCAUCACCACUGACAUUAUCAUUAACAAUGGUGGGACAAUGGGAUCGGGGGCCACAAUAGCAAACACAACCCAGAGGCUGGGAGUGUUCACAGUUCAUGAGCCAGUUGUUACUCGACUGAGUGCUGCUGCUGCUGCUGUUGUUGAGACAGAUUUCCUCUUCAAGCUGCUCUAACUCUCUAACUCUUUCCUGCCGAUUUGCUCGCAACUAUGCGAUUGAUUUAAUUUGAUGUCUUCAUCGGCUACAUCCCGAAUAUUGAAAUCUUGAUAUCAAAUGCAGUUCCUUAAUGAGCAAGUGUUAUGAUGACUCUCAUUACUGUUUUCUUUCUGGUGAUUAUUUUCCAGCGGUUGUCAAACCCUUAUACCCUCAUGAGUCUCUUUAAUGGCAGAAAAAAGACAUUCCUUUCAGCACACUGCACUGAUUUGCAUUCAUCUAACAUCCACACAGCAAAAAAAAAAAAAUAAAAAAAUUACAGUUAAAAUUAUAACUCAAGAUUUUUAGUAAUAGUUGUGGUCUCUACUUCUAUGAAAUAGUCAUUUCAUGUAACUGGUUUCUAUUAGUAGUUCCACGUUCCGCCUUUGCUGAUGUGUGUUUUUCUCGAAGCAAACCCAAAUACAGACACAUGAAACAGGUGUCCAAUCACACAAAACGAGCCUUAGUAACUAAGCUGAUGCAAAGAUAGCCAAAGUUCAAAAGGUUAAUCCAAAAAACUGAUAGGGAGCAGCAAAGGUUAACCAAAAAUAAAAAAAAGGCCACAAAAGCAUGCCGAAGAAACUGUAGCAAGAAACUGAGUAAAUCAAAAGGAUUAAAAAAAAAAA